AUGCACACACGAGCCGCCGAGGCCGACAAGGGAUCAAAGACAACAACCUAUGGGAAACAGAAACCAAAGGGGAUCAACACCAUAAACUGGACCCCGUUUCUUACAAUCGUUCUCGCGAUCCUCAGCGUGCAUAGUGUGGGAGCUUUCCAAAUCUGCCCACGGGCCACUGGAAGCGCGCUUAUUGAACCACCACAGGCGGAAGAUUGCAAACAACCACCAGAAGCGGCAGAAGUUUAUAAGUCGCUGCCAGAAGCAGCAAAAACGGAUCUUACCGUAUUGACACAUGAACUCUCGAAACAAUUUGCAGCGGGAGCAAAAGAGUUACCAUGCAGGGACAAAUUCCAAACCCGAACAAUUAGGCAAGGCGAGUCGCUACACGCGUAUCUGGCGUAA